ACUCAGCAGCGGAAACAAGAGUCUGAAAGAGUGAAAGCACGAAUCCAGCUCAAGUGGAUCUGAGUUUCUACAGAGAACUGGUCCCAUGGCUGACACCAGUAAAGCACCGGACCGGUCCAGGAACCUGCCCUGGGUCGAGAAGUACAGACCUCAGAAACUUGAUGAUCUGAUCUCACACAAAGAUAUUCUGACCACCAUCCAGAGGUUUAUCAGCGAGGACAAGCUCCCCCACCUCCUGUUCUACGGCCCCCCUGGAACAGGCAAGACCUCCACCAUCCUGGCCUGUGCCCGGCAGCUGUACAAGGACAAAGAGUUCAACUCCAUGGUGUUGGAGUUAAACGCAUCGGACGACCGAGGAAUCGAUGUGGUACGAGGACCCGUCCUGAGCUUUGCCAGCACACGCACCAUCUUCAAGAAGGGCUUCAAGUUGGUGAUACUGGACGAGGCCGAUGCCAUGACCCAGGACGCCCAGAAUGCAUUGCGACGAGUGAUUGAGAAGUUCACAGAAAACACUCGCUUCUGUCUCAUCUGCAACUACCUGUCCAAGAUCAUCCCGGCUCUGCAGUCCCGCUGCACCAGGUUUCGCUUCGGCCCGCUGUCCCCAGACCAGAUGGUUCCCCGACUGGAGUAUGUGGUCCAGCAGGAGAGUAUUGACGUCACUCCAGAUGGAAUGAAAGCCAUCGUGACUUUAUCAUCCGGUGACAUGAGGAGGUCUCUCAACAUCCUGCAGAGCACCAGCAUGGCGUAUGGGAAGGUCACAGAGGACACAGUGUACACCUGCACUGGUCACCCUCUCCGCUCAGACAUCGCCAACAUCCUCGACUGGUCCCUCAACAAGGACUUCACCUCAUCAUACAAACAAAUCCUGCAGCUGAAGACGUUGAAAGGUUUGGCUCUGCACGACAUCCUCACUGAGGUUCACCUGCUCGUCCACAGAGUGGACUUUCCUCCCCAUAUCCGGAUCGGUCUGCUCAUCAAGUUGGCCGACAUAGAACACAGACUCGCCUCUGGAACCGAUGAGAAGAUCCAGCUGAGCUCCAUGGUGGCAGCUUUCCAGGCAGUGAGAGACCUGGUGGUCAGCGAAGCCUCGUAGAUCCAGGAACUGUCUCCUGAACGUAAACCAGAGUCACGUGAAGAGGAGGAAAUAGUCAAUGAUUCAUGAGUGGCCACAGUCAGUCUGUUUGUACCACAGUGAAGAGCAACUGGACCACACUGCUACAUCCAGUACUGGGCAAUAGAGAAACUUUCAGAGAGAUGUUGGUCUUUUCUAUCCUCUUGUCUUUUUCAAUGUAACUAAAACCUUUUAAACAGUUUGAACAAAGUCCUGCCAGGUGCUUUCUGGAAGGAUGUACACUGUCCUCUCGAUUGGUUUGAAAGAAGCGAGCAACCUUUUCUCAGCUCUUCAAUCUGCCACCUCUGGUCAAACUGGUGUGAAACCACAACUUUGAUUGUUUUUGGAAGGAAGCAGAUGUCUUCACGUGUCCACUGCUCAGCACUUCUCCAUCUGAGUCACUCCCGAGCAAGAGGAAAUGGAAAACAGUUCAUCUCGUCCCCGAGGCACUUCCCUCCCUUCUGUGGGCACCUAGUUCAAAUAUGGACUCUUCAUUAUCAGUUGCUGAUAAAUUCCCCGUCUGUCUGUAAAAAUAAAAGCUCUGAGACAUGUAAAAUGUUUAAUUCUGUUUAAUAAAAUUAUU